UGUUGCAGUUACCAAGGGAGACGGACGAAGCUCUGGAGGGGCGAGAGGUUCCCGAUGGAUCACCCUUUCAGAUAGCGGUGGCGACAACAAGGAAGGUGGCCCGUGCAGUGAAGAUGGUCCAAUGGUCUGAAGUGGUGCAGGAUGGACGUGUUCAUCUGGCUAAGAAGGUAACAUCUUCACUUGCGCUUGUGCAUCGUAUAUUGCCGAUUGGUCUGGAGCCAAGCUAAGGAGAAAUGCCUGCUGUAAGUCACAUUCCAGAGGAUUCUCCCACUUCCUCUGACGGGGAGGAGCAUGAGGAGCACCCGUGUCUUCGGUGGGCAGGCACCAAUGGAAUGGUACCUACCUUGGUUUUCUAUGCAGAUGGUAUUGUGACCAAAGACAGCAGCUUGCGGUUAAUUGGAGAGCGUUAUCACUUGGCAUAUAAGAUUGUGCGCACUGAGAGUAGACUGGUGCGCAGCAUUUUGACAGCCCAUGGCUUCCAUGAGGUUCAUCCCAACAGUGAUGAUUUCAAUUUGAUGUGGUCUGGUUCCCAUUUGAAACCCUAUCUAUUACGCUCACUGCUGGAUUUUCAAAAAGUCAACCACUUUCCCAGAUCCUAUGAGUUGACCAGGAAGGAUCGGCUGUAUAAAAAUAUUCAACGCAUGCAACAGACUCAUGGAUUCAAACACUUCAACAUUAUACCUCAGGCCUUUAUCCUCCCUUCUGAGUAUCAGGAAUUAUGGAAUGCACAUUCGAAGGAUAAAGGACCAUGGAUUGUCAAGCCCGUGGCAUCUUCCAGGGGUCGUGGUGUCUAUCUUGUCAGCAGCCCCAGUCAAAUUACAACAGAUGAGAAUAUCCUAGUUUCACGUUACAUCCGCUCCCCACUGCUGAUAGAUGACUUCAAGUUUGAUGUGCGGUUAUAUGUACUGGUAACCUCCUUCGACCCUCUGGUGGUGUAUCUCUACGAAGAAGGACUGACAAGGUUUGCCACUGUGAAGUAUGAUCGUGGAACAAGGAACAUCAAGAAUCAGUACAUGCAUUUGACCAACUACAGCAUCAACAAGAAAAGUCGUGACUAUGUCAGCUGUGAUGACCCGGAAGUGGAGGAUUAUGGAAACAAGUGGAGUAUGAGUGCCAUGCUGCGGUACCUGAAGCAAGAAGGAGUGGACACAGCCACUUUGAUGGCUCAGAUUGAGGACCUCAUCAUCAAGGCACUCAUCUCAGCUGAGCUUCACAUUGCCUCUGCCACCAAAAUGUUUGUGCCCCAUAAAGCCAACUGCUUUGAGCUGUAUGGUUUUGAUGUCUUAAUUGACUCCAACCUCAAACCCUGGCUGCUGGAAGUCAAUCUUUCUCCUUCACUGGCCUGUGAUGCACCUUUGGAUCUGAAGAUUAAAGCAAGCUUACUGACGGAUAUGUUUACAUUAGUGGGAUUCAUCUGUCACAACCCAAUAGUACGACCAGGCAGACAGGGGAAGACUGGUUGUGAUCUCGCAGCUCGGCCUCAGUAUCAUAAACCGCGGCAGCUACGGUCUGUGUCAGCUAACAACACUGAGGUUAAAAGCAGGACAUCGUCUGGCAAGGAGAGACCACGUGAAGGACAAAGAUUAAACACUUUGAGACUAACAAUGGAGGAGAUAAAAGUUGUGCGUCGUACAAUGGAAGAGAAUGAGAGAAAAGGUGGUUUCAUACGAAUCUUUCCAACGGCUGACAGCUGGGAAUCUUAUGGGCAAUUUCUGGAGCAUAAAACCACCCUGAACUACAUGCUGGCAGAGUGUCUAUUUGCAGACAAGGAAGGAGCAGCAAGGAGGCCUGCCGCAUUGGCAAGAUCUCGCAAUGGCGUGACACAAAGCAGCCAGAGCCACCGUAGACAGGAGGUUCUCCAGGUGGAGUGUCAGAAGCAUCUGCAGCAAUAUGAGAGGAAACUUCUUUCCCUGGAAGCAAGGAGAUGGAAACAGUACCGAGUGACUUUGCAAAUGUCCAAGGAUAAAGACCCAGGAACUUCACGCCUGGUUCCAGUUGCUUCAUCAUGUGGCUCAGAGUGUGAUGCUGGGGAGGAGGAGAAUGAAGAUGAGGAGGAGGUGGAAGAGUGUGAAUCAGCAGUUUCUUCACUUGUUCGUAAUCCAAAAGGUUUGGAGAAGGCACCAAUGUCACAAAGAAUCAACGAUGAAAAGCAGCAGAGAGCUCCGAGGCAGGAGAGAGGUACCAACCGAUUACUCAGCAGUGGCCAGGCAUGGACACAGACCGAAGAGGACCAAAGCAAGGAUAAAGCCAGAGCCAACCUUCUUGAGAUUCUACAGCAAGGGGGCAAUCUAAGCAAGGUACAGGCUCGCUUAGCCUUUGCUGCUUACCUGCACCGGGUACAGCUUCGCCUGCUGAGGGAGUGCUGUGGCCCAAAUAAAAUCACCAUGCAUACAGACCAGGAUGAAGAGCAGAUGGAGCUGGUGAUCAAAUUCCUGAAGCGAGCAGCCAGCAACUUCCAGCAAACUCUGCCGUUGGCUCUACCCAGCAGUCAACUCCCACUUUCUGAAAGGAGACGCAUUCUGGCUCAGCAGUUAGGGCUCUUUAUCCAUUGCUAUAGUAAGGAAACAGAUCAAAUCAAUAAGAAGAACCAGAUGGACUUGAAUCUGGAGACUUAUAUUCAGCAGGAAGAAUUCCAAGCGUUUGUCAGUAAAGCCAGCGAGAUUGAGUUGGAAGAACUACUGACGAUCUACACACGCAAGAACAGAUCAGCCAGUGUCUUCCUUGGGACUAAAACCAGAAGCAGGAACCGGAGUACUAGUACAGAGGAACCUAAUGGCAAACCCACCAGGGCCUACAGCAGCAUUCCAGUGAAAGCCAGCAUAACCACUGGGGGUACACCUCAUCUUUCGAUCAGAGGACUGACUGUGCCCAAGGAGGGAGAUUCUGGUGGCUCUGACAGUUCAGGUGACAAUGACCUCUUAGUGCAAAGCUCUUCCACUCAUCACCUUUAUCCUCCGUGCGCCACCUUACAGUCAGCAGGCAGCCUGCCCCUGUCCUCCUGCACAAUUUCACCUCAGGAUCCAAUCUUUCUUGAGGCCGAGGCAGCAAGCAGGGCUUGCUCAGCAAUUCGCAGAGUGGGCUCUGCAACCUUGGCAUCUCAUCCUCUACAGCCUCUGGGAAAGGUCCAGCGUUCUGCCUCCGACAACCUCUCUCUUGUGACUCCAUCGUCCUUGCAGGCAGCGGCUCAGAUCUACAGCCAGAAACUCUCACGGCCAAACUCAGCAACAGCAGGCUUGGGAACCCGAUGUACCCAGCGACAGAGACCACUCACAGCUGGUGUGGGGGAAGGGGAUCUGCGACAUUCUCUCUUUGAAAGUUUGAACAAUGAUGCCGUCUCCACUGUGCUACAGCGCCUGGCAGCCAAACAGAACCCUCAGCCGUACUCAUCAUCCUCGCACCUCCGCCUCCUGACGCAGCAUUUAUCCAACAUGAACCUGGCAAGUGGAACACUGAACAGGGGAAAUGCAUUCAUGACUCCUGCUGUCCAUUCAUCAGUCACUACCCUGGGUCCAGCACGGACUUCCGACUCUGACUCUGGAUGUGCCAGCAGAGCUGCUUCCGAAACCUCCUGUGGUCCAAUGGACAUCAGGUACCCAGAGCACAGACACCAGUCCGGUGCCAGUGAGAUGCCAUUCCAGUGCACACUGCAACAGCUGCAGCAGCAACACCAGCACAGCCGCCAGCUGCUGGAUGCCUGCCAAGCACGGCACCAGGGAGAAGACACUGGAGGGCUGUGCCAACAGGAGAGCCAGUCUGCAGGGGCCAGCCUCCAACCCAGCAUGACUGCCACACCUCUACUCUCUCCCACACCAUCUUCAGCACUUACUCCCUCAGGUGACUGUAAAAGGUGAUGCCAUGCCAUGAGGGCCUAGUCCGUGCAACAGCCUGAGGCCACACAGCUCCCACGCUGUUGGUACUGCCAAUGAAUCAACAAACUGGACUUACAGUAUUUCACAGUACCAAUGGCCAGAGUCUUGCAUUCACAAGAAAAAUGUUUAAGACAAACAUUAAGCAAGUUUCUUUAUGGGCAGAAUGCUCCCUACCAAAGGACAUCUUCAAGAAGCAGUAACUCAGAAGCUGGCAUGUAUCAUUAAACACUCUCACCAUCCAGGACAUGCCCUCUUCUCAUUACUACCAUCAGGGAGCAGGCCUGAAACACCAUAAUCAAUGAUCCAUGAACAGCUUUUUUCUUUCUGCCAUCACAUUUCUGAAUGGUCCAUGAACACUACCUUGUUAUUCGCCUUUUGCACUAUUUAUUUAUUUCUGUAAUUUAUAGUAAUUUUUAUGUCUUGCACUGCACUGCUGCCACAAAACAACAAAUUUCACAACAUAUGUCAGCGAUUCUGAUUUUGAUUCGUCCAAAGGAUCAGCAGUUUGUGUUAAGUAAUGCUCAGCAUGACUUUCUGUUUGUAAUCUGCUUUCCUUCAGAGGCAUCCCAGCUGGGUUUGAUGGUAUCAGUUAAUGAUCCAUGCCCCUUAUUUCAAACAACUGGGACAUGUGUUGGUGAAGGCACUUAGCGGCAGCUGUAGAGACGCGUCACUCAAUGCAAGCUUUUGUUUUAAUUUGAGGCUUACAGAAACCAUGUGUGGUUGCCUCAGGGCCAGGGAGUAGUGUACAUGUUCACAAUUAGUGACAGCAACAGCAUAACCUCACUUGCCCUGGAGCCCAGCCAGGGCCCGAGACAAGUGCUCACACUCCCUGUCCAAUGGGCAGAUAGCCUUAUGUUCAGGAGAAGAUGAGCAACACAUUUCACUGGUCACAACGAAACGGCACCAAGUAUUUUGGCUAUGACCACUUUACGUAUUGAAAGAGCCCAAGGAAAUCUCCACCUCACACCUCAUGUUAACAAAUAGGACAAAGAAAAGAAGUCAAGACCAAGUGUGUUGUCAGGUUCACAAGUAUGUGAAUGCACAGUUGCAAUGAGAUACUUACCGAGCAAAGGAACAAGGAAGAAGAUAAAGCUACUGUGCAGGUUGUUAGAGUGGUUAAGAUAGUGUAUGGUGUGUUGGUCUUUUUUAUUGGGGGAUUGAGUUCAAGAGUUGUGGGGUAAUUUUGCAGCUGUAUAAAACUCUGGUUAAUCCACACAUGGAGUAUUGUGUUCAGUUCUGUAUGCCUCAUUAUAGGAGAGAUGUGGAAGUUUUAGAAAGGGUACAGAGGAGAUUUACCAGGAUGCUGCUUGGAUUAGAGGGCAUGUUUUAUGAGGACAGGUUGAGCAAGCAAGGGCUUUUCUCUUUGGAGUGAAGGAGGAUGAGGUAACUUGACAGAAGUGUACAAGAUGUAAAGAGGCAUAGAUAAGGUGAACAGCCAGAGACUUUUUCUCAGGGAGGAAAUGGCUAAUACAAGGGGGCAUAAUUUUGAGGUGAUUGGAAGAAAGUACGGGUUGACCUAUAAUCCAGCACCAUUGGGACCUGAGGAAUGCCGGAUUAGUGAAAAUGCCAAAUUACAGAAGGAUCACAUUAAGCAAUAGCUAACCGUCUCAUCACAUCUUUAAAAUAUCCUGUAAAUCAGUACAAGUUAGAUAAUAAUGAAACAAGAAUAUUAAAUGAGUAGCAAGUGAAAUUUUAAUAUACUGUACAGGCACAGAUAAAAUAAAGGGUACAGGUAAAUGUACAGGAAUUAACUUAUACAGAACAGUUGAGCACUUCCGCUUCUAAAGUGAGACGUUUAAUAUACCUUCAGGCAAAGUUACAAGUCUCCAAGUGUGGGGUUGUCAGGAUCAUCAACAUCUUCAUCUUGAAGAAUGAGUGAAGCAUCAGGAACUGGUGCUGAAACUGGCACAACAGUUUCUUCAAAAACUGUUGAUGAUGGUGGCAGCACAUCUGGGUGAGCAGAAGCAGAAGUCGUAGACAGGAGAUCUUCUAUCUGCCACAUUUCACGUGACCACCAGGCAGCCAGUGAUUCGGCGCUGGUCUCCUCCCUCUUCACUCGCAAUUAUUGAGGAAAUCCUCAUUAGUUUCUUUUCCUCCACUUAGUAAUACGUUUAAAUUCAGCGGGUCACCAUGUCUGAUCUGAGGUCGUAGGCAGAAGAGAAUGGAGUGCCGGUCAGGCGACGCCGGAGGGCAGUGUGCGACUGCCGGUAGGCAGAUGAGAAGGCGGACCGACCCAGCGCGCCUCAGCUCCAAUGCCACUGGUGGGUGAGACAGGCAGGUGCCGGGCAGCCGCGCCUCACGCAAAUGAUAUUAAUAAAUGCAGGAAAACAAGCAGGAUUCGCCUGUCUGUGCUUACAAGAGCAGGCCAAGACGUGAAUGGAUCUAGCGCAACCAAAACAAUGCGCAGUAGAUUGGUACGGUGGCCCGAGAAAUUUGAAAUUACAGUUGCGGAAAAUUUGAAAUCAGUGCCAGAUAAUCGAAGGAACCGGAUUACAGGAGGUCGGAUUAGUGAAGGUGGGUCUGUAUAAGGGGAAUAUCAGAGGUACUAUAUGUUUUUUGCACAGAGGAUGGUGGGUGUGUGGAAAGCUCUGCCAGCGGUGGUAGUAGAGGCAGAAUCAGAUUUAGGUUUAUUAUCACUAACAUAUGUCAUGAAACUUCUUGUUUUGUGGCUACAGUACAGAGCAAUACAUAAAAAUACUUUAAAUUACAAGAGGCCAUGUCCUAAGUGAUGGGGAUCCUUAAUGAUGGAUGCCAUUUCUUGAAGCAUCAUCUUUGAAGUUGGUUGAUGGUGGGGAGGCUAGUGCCCAUGAUGGAGCUGGCUGAGUUUACAAAUCCCUGCAGCGUUUUCCAAUCCUGUGCAGUGACUCCUCAGUACCAGACGGUGGUUCAACCAGUUAUAAUGCUCCCCACAGUACAUUAGAUACUUUAUGAUAUUUAAGAGACUUUUAAUGGGAAUAUGGAUGAAGGAAAACUGGAAUGUUAUGUAGGAGGGAAGGGCCAGACUGAUCUUAGAUUAAGUUAAAGGGUCAGCACAACAAUGUGGGCUGAAUGGCCUGUACUAUGCUGCACUGUUCUAUGUCCUAUGUCCUAAGACAUCAUUUUGUUCAUUUGGAAUUGUGCUUGGAUUUCUAAGCAUUAGCAGUCUAUGAUUGACUUGCCAUGCUUUUAUUCAAUUAUAUGAUUCAAUAAAAAUACAUUCUUUCCUGGUUCCCCAGGGAUCAGAAUCUACAUGACUACAGAGGCAUUCCUGUUCAGAACAGUAAGCACUCUGGGUUCUUCUUGGCCCAAUGCUGCUCAUAAUUUUCCACUUGAAGGCAGUGCUCUGGUGUUUGCUGGGGGACACACCUCCUCAUGGAGUGCUGGGUUGUGGCUCUGGAUUUAACAGAGCCCUUUCACUUGCUCGGUGCGUGUAAGGACAGCCCUGCCUCCUUGCUGUUGAGGGAACAGAAACAGAAGAGAGGGAACGGUCCCCUUCUCAGCUCAUUGCCCUGUGGGACAGGAGAG